CAAGGAUAUGGUACACAAUAGUGCUGGAGGUAUGCUUGAGAGAGCGUACACCUAAAUGAGAAAGCACUUUUCGCCCUGAAUGAAUCCCCUCAACUAUGCGAAGUAUGUCUCACCGCACAGGUGUUCCCUCUCCCAAGUGCAUUGGUGUGAUGGAGGAGCCUUCACGUUCUAGCAUAUACUGAAAAAAAUCUCAGUUGUCUUUCAAUCAAGCUCUGGCCCUGUUUUCUUUUGUGAUGAGUCGAUGUUUUGGUGAAAAAUUAGCAUGACUGACGAUCGAAAUUGCCCAAAUUCAUCGGACUCGUUGAUUUCGAAGCUCCAAUGGAGUACGACUACUUACUCAAAUUCCUCAUUUUGGGCAAUUCUGGCGUGGGCAAGACGAGCUUCUUGUGCCAAUAUGUGGACGGACAAUUCUGUGAGCGAUACAUAAGCACAGUGGGAGUGGACUUUAGAGAAAAGAGACUGACCUUCCAGCCUUUGGAUGGUGGAAGAACGCAAAGAAUCAACCUCCAGGUGAUUCAUUUUUUCCUCAAUUUUUUCUUGGGUAGCGAACAAAUAUUGACGCUAAUCUUUCUAAUUUUCGAGUUAUGGGACACAGCAGGGCAGGAAAGAUUCCGCAGCCUUACCACUGCUUUCUUCAGAGACGCAAUGGGGUUUAUUUUAAUGUUCGAUUUAACUAAUGAACAAAGUUUCAUAGACGUGUCCAAUUGGAUGGUGCAACUCCAAACGCAUGCGUACACGGAAACGCCGGAUAUUAUUCUCUGUGGGAACAAACUAGAUCUGGAGGACCAACGCGCUGUAAGCAAACGGAACGCCUUGGACCUGGCCGAAAGAUAUGGUCUCAUCUACUUCGAAACAUCGGCCCUGACUUCCGUGGGCCUCGCCAAUAGCGUCCGACGACUUGUUCAAAUGGUCAUGAAACGAAUGGAGACUUCCGUCGAAACUGAAUUUCCUGUUUUCAAGAAACGUGUGGAGUCCAUUCAAAUGGCAGUGCCAAAUAGACCGGAUUUCGAUUAUCAGGACGAUUUUGAUUACGAUGAGGAAGACGAACAAAAGUCACGAUGUCAUUACUGCUGAUCAUGAAUAAAUGACCCAUGCAAAUUAGUUGUUACAAUAUAAGAUCCUGGCACA